AUGUCUGAAAAGAAGGUGAGGAUCAAAAGUGCAUAUGAGGAAGAAACUAGGAUACAUAAAAACAUGUGCAAGGAACAUAAUUACAGAGCUCAACUUGCAGGUAGGUUUUCUGGAAGAUAAAAACUGUUUUAUAUGUUGUAAAGGGCAGGUAACCCUGGUUGGCACACUGAAACCUAAAGCAGAUUUAUGUUACCUCCACCAUUAUAGCUCAUUUUCAAAAUAUGCUGAGAUUUUAGUUAAAGAAAAUUUCUUCUUUAGUUCAGGUACAGACACAAUUACUAGUUUAUAAACAUUAUAGCAAAUAUCAGUUACCUUAAACGAAUUCCUUUGGGCACCCUGCUACAAUACGAGCCAAAAAAGGUGGGGGGAAAAAUACCAACAAUAAAAGUUCUCAGAUUUAUCUUGAUGGCUGAGAUAAAAUAAUUUAAAAAAGAGUCAAAAAAAGGGAAACUUAGAGGAUGAAAGAGGCACCAGAGGUCACUUUAAUCACCAAACAGACCACAGUCAGACCCGUUUCUCCAUCAUGGCAGCUUACGGAACCACCAGUCUCACUACAAACAGUGAGGAAUACCGGCAACUGUCCCACGCAUGCGCAUUGCUAACGGCUUAGCAGAGAGCAGUCUCGCGCAGCUCGCCGAGGCAACAGUCUGGGGGUAUAGCAACUGAAAAGCCCAUCAUCAGACACAACGGGACGGCUGAGAGAGGGACGCUGUCGCACUUCUGUGAGUAAUAUAAAUUCAGUUUAACUUUAAAUGUGCUUCGCUACGAUUAAAACUAGUUUUUUUAACGGCUUGUUUAAUUUACGUCUCAAGGAAAUUGUUGUAUCGUCCCUUUGGUGACAGUUAUUCUGUUAUCGGUAACGUGCGUGUGUGUAUUAUCCAAAAGGCCUUCAGAGGGGGGUAGCGGUAACAGCAAGCUGAAGAAAGUCCCGUUUUCAGUUACACUCUAGGGUACUUUGAGUUCCCUUUACUCAUUGAGUUUAAUUAAAUUGAGUGGAAGAGGUUAACGUUUAUACAAAAAACAACAGUCACCAGGUGUUAGCAGUGUAAGUAGUUAGCUAGAAGCUACUAGCGUUACAGUGCAGUCACACACAGUGGCAGCAGCGCCUGUCGUACCGACCACCGGUUAACUGUCAAACACCCCGGCUGACCCGUGUCGACUAACGGUUGUGAGGUCCACUGACUAAGAGGUUUUUAUGGCUAGUAACCGACUCGAAACGAUUAUAACGACCAGACCCUGCAGCGUUAUAACAUCAGAUGACUUCGAGUAAUACAGAGGCUUUCAGCCCUAAUGCAUUUAUUGAUAAUUCUCUCUCACUUGAUCACAAAUCAUGAUUGAUCCUCCAAAGUUACUUUAGUAAAAAAGUUCACUGAUAGAGGCUUUAUAACAUUACUUCUUUUACAUUUGUCAGUCUUUAAAUAUAGUUAUUUUAUGUGUGCUCACAACAAUUUAUAGCAGUUCAAAACUUGAAGCUGCUGUGAAUUUGCUUCAACUGUUCAUGAAAUUUAAAAUGAUUUCUCUCUAAGACAUACAGAAGCCAUCUAAACCACCUGCAAAACAGUUGGUUAUUCAUACAGUCUAUAGUUAUUUUUUCAAUGUUGUUUGACCAAUGUCAGGGGGUAGGUGUCAAGCAAGUUUGUAAAAGAAACAGCUUUAGUGUUUUCUACAGCAACUAUUAUUAUUUUUGUAUUAUUUUAACUGUCAAGAGACCGAAAGGAUGUGUUUGUUUUUGUUUUGUUUUUUCAUUCCAUUUUUUUUGUGAAUUUGAUCUUUUUUCUGUCACUCAACACUUAAACCAGACCUUUCAUUUUACAACACCUUUUUUUCUUGACCUUUCCCGUUUGAAAUAUACAGACAACAAAAUAAAUGUUACAUAAAACUAAUGAGAGGAUUAAAAAAAUUUAUGCAAUAUUUUUGCAUUUCAUGAAAUAUUUUUACAUUGUUUUUUGGUGUUCCAUGAAAUCUUCUUGUGUUGUUCGUAAAGCAUUGCAUUUUGAGAAGUAUUUGCACAUUUUUGUGAAAAAACUUUUUUAUUAUAUGAAGGCUCUUUGGGUUUUCUGGAAUGACCGUUUUACCAAACGUUCAUGUCUUCCUAAAAUGGUUUGUGCAAUUUUUUUUGUAUUUCGCGGAACAUUUCUAUAUAUUUUUUUGAAUUUGGGGGAUUUCAUGAAAUAUUUUUUUUUUUACUUUAUCAGGUGUUUUUUCCUUCAGAUUAAAGUUUUUGGCAUCCAGUGAAAUACUUGUACAUAAAGAAUGUAAUGUGUAAUACAGUCAUGAAAUGUUGACCUGCAGUUGACCUUUAAGUCCACUGUCCUUGUUCAGUAUAUGCAGUGGCUGUAAAGAGCUGAGGUGUGAGAAGAAAUCAAGCUGUAAAACUAACCCAGAACCAAACCACAAAACAAAAGUUGUACCCACAACAAGAAUAGGGGGGCACAAUUAAUGAGUGAUGACAUAAAAAUAUUAGAAAACAUUAUUUUCUUAUAAGCAUAAGAGGCUCAGUCUUUAGAUGAAUGUAUCUCUCACUCCCUCCUGCUUGUUUUUAAUAAACAACUACACAGUUUGUGACGGAAGUAUUGUAAUAAAGCUGUAACAAGGUUCAAUGUUCAGCUUUACAGUCAUUACACAAUACUAAAGUGCAAAAAAACACAGACAGAAAUUUGCAAACAAACAGUCAGUCAAGCUUUUGAAAUGACAAUCUAUUAAAUUUUGCAAAAGGGUAAAGAAGAGCGAGAAGUACAUAAGUAUUAAAUGUGAAGUUGAAGACAUACCAAGCAAGUGAAAUAUAAAUGAAAGUAUUUACAUAAAAAGUAUGCACUACAUUUGCGCUAAUACUACAAUACUGGAAAAAGUGCAUAAAGCAGUUUCAGCUUGAGUUACCAUAAAAAUCAAAACAUGAACAACUUAAAGACAACUAUGGUAGACUGUUAACAGUUAUCAGUUUCUUUCAAAACUUUUCAAUACAUGAUACAAUGAUUUAUUCAAAUGAAUUGAAGCCUGUGUAAAUUAUAUGUGAUAUAACAGUUUGGGCUUUGGGGGAUGCAGCAGCAUCUGUAAGGAAUGAAAGGAUAUUACUUCACCAGCUUAACGUAUGAAAAGGGAUGGAUGCAGCAAUACAGGUUAUGCACUGAAGAUAACAGGAAGACUUUUCAAACAACACUUGUGACUUCAAACAACAUCUGUGAUUAUUUCCAUCAUAUUAGUAAUAUGUAUGGCAAGGCAGGCUUAUUUAUGAAUCACCACUCAGAGUCGUUUAAAGUGCUUUACAGAGUUGUACACCAUAUGUGAGAAUUUUUAUUCCUGUUGGGUUAUUACUCUGAAAAUCUGAGGAAUACUCAGGUCCAUGGAUGAAGUUUGAUGUAUUAAAAGAAGUUCAGUGUCCAUGUUGUUUUUAUUACAAUGUCUACAAUUAAGAAUUCAAUCUAUUCAUCUACAUAAAGACCAGCUAAAGCAGUAGCUUCACUGGCCAUCAUCAAAUGAAAACAGCUUCCUGAGUGAUGACCAGUGUAGCCUCCGUGAAGCCCUGCAGCCAGGAAGAGACUGUUUAGCACAACAUCCUGUAUGCUGUUUAUGUUAGAGGCAGUCCAUUCAAAAAUAAGCUUUGCUGUUGUGGGAUUUGUUUGUGAUUGCAGGCUGUCAGAGUGAUGAUCUGAAGCUGUUUGUUUUUAUAUCAGUUGCAUUUCCCUGCUGGAGAGCUCAGCUGCCUUUGUGAACUCUGAUCGGUUACAGCAUGUUUCACCUGUGCUAAAAGGAUUAGCUGAGGCAGAGAUUAGUAGCCUAAUGAGUGAACUUGUGACUGAAUGCCGGUUUAUCUCUGGUGUCUCUCAUGAUAACCCUGUGGAGGGGCUCCAGAGCAGAUCACUUUUCUCUCCGUUCAAUUGAAACACAGGCAUAAGGUUGCAGUGAUCAGUUAUUUAAAUGAUCAAGUAUUGUCUUAAUUGCCCAGUGAUUAAUCAAGAAAUAUUGCAUACAUGGGGAUUUUUUUAUGAAAAAGUCACUUGAGUGUUACUUGAGAGCAAAAGUAGAGGAAAAAUUAGAAAAUAUGACAGAUCUUUUAAAUGAAGAACUAAAUGUCUUCCUGUUUAAACAUCACAUAUUUAUUGCCUUAAAAGCAUUCAACUACAUCCAGUCCCAACAUUAAUAGGACACACAGCAUUAAUAUUAGCUUUUCUUAAUGACCCGUAAUUAUUCUGUAAUUAUUUUACUGUAGAUUUAUAUUAUGUUAACCAGAAUUGGAUUAUCAUCUUUGACCUAGAUUUAAUGUAAAUGUUCACAUUGAUAAUGCUUUUGUUUUCCAAACAAAAAAAUGUAUAUGGUCAAGUUCUGUAGUGUACUGUAUAGUUUUCCAGAUUUGAAUAAGUCCUUAUGAGCAAUAAUUUUCAUCAAGGCUUUUUGGUAAUGAAGUUUCUUAAAGCUCCUGUAAAGAACUUUAUGUUUGUACUAGUUUUGAUGCCCAUUGUCCUCUACGUUUGAGACUGACUUCUGACCAAAAAAACCCUUAUCCUGCUGACUUCUGACAUCCAAAUGGGUCUUCUAUCGUGGUCAUAUCUGUUGAUUCAGCAGCUUAGUUAACCUCUACUGCUUCAGAAAGGUUCCAGGCAUGAAAAACUGGUGUAUAUAAAUUGUCAGUCUUGUCCCCAAUGGAUUUGUCUGCUUUUGGUAAAAAGACAGUUCAUUUGAAGAAGAAAUCGAAAAAGAAAAAAGCCAUUGAACGGAAAAUCAAAAUCCAUUUUUUGAAUUACAGUCGCACGCCUCUUGCUGUUAACUUGUUGAGUCAAAACAACUAAUGGAUUUACCUUAUAAACUAUUUAAAUAGUUUUCCAUUCUUCACAUUAUCAGAUACUAAACAGAAGUAAAAACUUUCUGAUGACUGUAAACACAGCUACUUUUUGUGUUUUCUGUAAAAGUCUACAGAAUAUAUUUGAGUUGCUGAUUAAGAAGUCAUAUACAAACGUGGGGUUUGGAAAUCAUUCAUUUUCAUCAGCAAAACUGACAUGUUGUUGUUUGUGUUUCCAGGUCUUUUUUAUAAGGUGGUCCACCACAACCUGGUUUGAGCAGUUCACACCAAACACACACCCAGCACAGGUGAGUUAAGUAUUUUUACCUAUCCAAUUAUCCACACAGGGCACUCUAUCAAGCAUGUCUUGUACAACAGCUUUAAGAGGCAAGAACCUUGCAGCCUGAAAUAACUCAAAUGGACUCUCCUUUCAUGACAGAUACGUGGCCACAACUUGAGAUGA